AAUGCAACCGCUGCACCACUCUAGAUCCCACAUCUCUUCUCUCUCUCUCUCUCUCUCUUCCUUCCUCGUAUCUUGCUAAUUCAUAUUUAGGUGGGGUACUAAGAGUGAGCCAUGGCAAAUCGGAGCUUGGAAAAGAUGGCAUCCAUUGAUGCCCAGCUCCGGCAACUGGUUCCUGCUAAAGUGAGCGAGGACGACAAACUGAUUGAGUACGAUGCUCUUCUUCUGGAUCGGUUUCUUGAUAUUCUUCAGGACUUACAUGGAGAGGAUCUGAAGGAGACGGUUCAAGAAGUGUAUGAGCUUUCUGCGGAGUAUGAAGGAAAGCAUGACCCCCAAAAACUUGAGGAGCUUGGAAAAGCAAUCACCAGUUUGGAUGCUGGGGACUCUAUUGUUGUUGCAAAAUCCUUCUCCCACAUGCUUAACUUGGCCAAUUUAGCCGAGGAGGUUCAGAUUGCUCACCGACGAAGAAACAAGCUGAAGAAAGGAGAUUUUGUCGAUGAGAGCAAUGCAACUACAGAAUCAGACAUUGAAGAAACUCUCAAGAAACUUGUGGUGGACCUGAAGAAGUCCCCUCAAGAAGUUUUUGAUGCUCUGAAAAACCAGACUGUUGAUCUUGUUCUUACUGCUCAUCCUACUCAAUCAGUUCGUAGAUCUUUGCUUCAGAAACACGGAAGGAUUCGAAAUUGUUUAACUCAGUUUUAUGCCAAAGACAUCACUCCUGAUGACAGGGAGGAGCUUAAUGAGGCCCUACAGAGGGAGAUUCAAGCUGCCUUCCGAACUGAUGAAAUCAGGAGGACUCCUCCAACGCCACAAGAUGAAAUGAGAGCAGGAAUGAGCUACUUCCACGAGACAAUCUGGAAGGGUGUCCCAAGAUUUCUGCGUCGUGUUGACACAGCUUUGAAGAAUAUAGGGAUUAAUGAGCGUGUUCCUUAUAAUGCUCCAGUUAUUCAAUUUUCUUCCUGGAUGGGUGGUGAUCGUGAUGGAAAUCCUAGAGUGACUCCUGAAGUGACGAGGGAUGUUUGCUUAUUGGCUAGAAUGAUGGCUGCUAAUUUGUAUUAUUCCCAGAUAGAGGAUCUUAUGUUUGAGCUAUCUAUGUGGCGUUGCAAUGAUGAGCUACGAGUCCGUGCAGAUGAACUUCAUCAUUCUGCUAAGAAAGAUGAAGUUGCAAAACACUAUAUAGAAUUUUGGAAGAAAGUCCCCCCAAAUGAACCAUAUCGUGUGGUGUUGGGUGAAGUGAGAGACAGGCUUUAUCAGACCCGUGAACGUUCUCGCCAUUUGCUAGCUCACGGUCACUCUGACAUUCCAGAGGAUGCUACUUUCACCAAUGUUGAGGAUUUCUUGGAACCUCUUGAACUCUGUUACCGAUCACUUUGUGCUUGUGGUGAUCGGGCAAUUGCCGAUGGAAGCCUUCUUGAUUUCUUGAGGCAGGUCUCCACUUUUGGACUGUCACUUGUGAGGCUUGACAUCAGGCAAGAGUCAGAACGUCAUUCUGAUGUGAUGGAUGCCAUUACCAGACAUUUGGAACUUGGCUCUUACAACGAAUGGUCUGAAGAGAAGCGGCAGGAAUGGCUUUUAUCCGAGUUGAGUGGCAAGCGGCCACUGUUUGGACCUGAUCUUCCCACAACUGAAGAAAUUAGAGAUGUUUUGGACACAUUUUAUGUCAUAGCUGAGCUGCCACCUGACAGCUUCGGAGCAUACAUCAUUUCAAUGGCAACAGCACCAUCUGAUGUUCUUGCUGUUGAACUUCUGCAACGAGAAUGCCAUGUUAAGCAUCCAUUAAGAGUUGUCCCCUUGUUUGAGAAGCUUGCAGAUUUGGAGGCUGCUCCAGCUGCUUUAGCCCGGUUGUUCUCGGUAGACUGGUACAAGGAUCGGAUCAAUGGAAAGCAAGAGGUCAUGAUUGGUUAUUCAGAUUCAGGGAAAGAUGCUGGGAGAUUCUCUGCAGCAUGGCAGCUAUAUAAGGCUCAAGAGGAACUCAUAAAUGUAGCCAAACAAUAUGGUGUUAAGCUAACCAUGUUUCAUGGUCGUGGUGGGACUGUGGGAAGAGGAGGUGGGCCCACCCACCUCGCUAUCCUGUCUCAACCACCUGAGACAAUUCACGGAUCACUUCGUGUGACUGUUCAAGGUGAAGUUAUUGAGCAAUCAUUCGGAGAGCAGCACUUGUGUUUUAGAACACUUCAACGUUACACAGCCGCUACUUUAGAGCAUGGAAUGCAUCCCCCAAUUUCACCAAGGCCAGAAUGGCGUGCCUUAAUGGAUGAGAUGGCUGUCAUUGCCACAGAAGAAUAUCGGUCUGUUGUAUUCAAAGAACCUCGAUUUGUUGAGUAUUUCCGCCUGGCUACACCAGAGUUGGAGUAUGGUAGGAUGAACAUUGGAAGUCGUCCAGCAAAGCGAAGGCCAAGUGGGGGAAUUGAAACACUCCGUGCAAUACCUUGGAUCUUUGCAUGGACACAAACGAGGUUUCAUCUUCCUGUGUGGCUCGGAUUUGGAGCUGCAUUCAAGCAUGUUAUCGAGAAGGAUGUGAGGAACCUGCAAAUGCUGAGAGAGAUGUACACUCAAUGGCCUUUCUUUAGAGUCACCCUUGAUUUAGAGGAAAUGGUGUUUGCCAAGGGUGACCCAGGCAUUGCUGCUCUCUAUGAUAAACUCCUUGUUUCACCAGAAUUGUGGCCUUUGGGAGAGCAAUUGAGAGCCAAGUAUGACGAGACUAAGAGGCUCCUCCUUCAGGUGGCUAGGCACAAGGAUCUUCUUGAAGGAGACCCAUACUUGAAACAAAGACUUCGCUUGCGUGAUUCUUACAUUACUACCCUAAAUGUUUGCCAAGCUUACACAUUGAAACGCAUUCGUGAUCCGAGCUUCAGCGUGAAGGUGCGACCCCACCUCUCGAAAGAGUCCGUGGAGAUAAGUAAGCCGGCGGAUGAGCUUGUAACGCUGAACCCAAUGAGUGAAUACGCCCCAGGUUUAGAAGACACCCUCAUUCUCACCAUGAAGGGUAUUGCUGCUGGCUUGCAGAACACUGGUUAGACAUUUGAGUUUUCUCUUUUGUUUUUAUUUUUGGGUGUCCUUUCUGUUUUUCCUGCUUAAGUUUUCCCAGAGGGAAAAGCAUAAAAUGUAGUUUGGUUCCAAGAUGAUGCACCAGAAGAGCCAAGCUUUUGUUGAUUUAUAGCGGCCAGGUUGGUACUGCCUGCACGAUGAGUAUUUCUUUUUUCAUUCAUGUAAGUCACCUCUGUAGUUGCAGCAGCACAUAUCUGAGAGUAAACAAUUAUAACACUCUCUUGGUUUUAUUUUGCUUUUCUUCCCCAACCUCUCUGGGACAUUACCUUCCAUGGCAUUAAACCCUUGGUCUUGCUGAGCCCAGGGGGAACACCACAACAUAUAGACCUGUGCUUCGUUCGUCAAAAGAACAAAAAUUAUCUAUUGCCGUA